CCGCGCCUCACAGCCGCCUCGCACGCCGCACCACGGAGCGUGCCUCUCGGACAGUGCACGCGCACGCGAUACCUCCCCCGCCGCGCCCCUCUGAUAACACGUGCACAUAACACUAGUGGAAAUCUACAGAUGAUAUCAAACUCCCAUUGAGCAAAGUUUCACAAUGCAAGAACAAAGUUCGUCAAGAUCCAACAAGUCUACGUUAAACUCACUGGAAAGCGCGAUCAUCAAACUGAAAAACAACUUGCAAAUACAGGACACUAAGACCACAGACAUGAACGGUUUGUUGGCUGCAGACCCACCGUCACCACAUUCGGAUGCCAAACCAAAUGCAAGUAAGAGUCCUAGUUCUUCCCCAUCUACAAAUAUUAAUUUGUCUAUUGCGUCCGCCGCAUUAUUACAAGAAAACAUGCUUCAAAGAUCACUACAAGGAGUAGUUAUAUCUUUACAAAAUGCAAUGAUGAGUUCACUACAACAAGCAGCUUUACUCCCCUCAAACUCUGCAGCUGCUGCAGCACUGAAUUUACAAGCUUUAGAAUCAUAUUUGACAUUACAACGCUUAACAUCAGUGUCCACUGUAAACAAUACAACACAACCUAGUACAACGGAAAACAGUUCAUCAUCUAAACAAGAUAUCUUAAGGAUAGCGACGGCGAGUGCUAAAAUAAGUGAAAUAGAUGCAUCGGAUACCUCAAAAGAAUUUUCACCUAAAACACCUGAGGAAUAUCCAUUAUCUGAUGCCAUAGCGGCAGAAGAUGUGGAUUUAUCUGAAGAAGUAGAAGAAGACUUGGCCCUUUUAGAUAACGAAGAUGAGUUUACAUUGGAACAGCAUUUAGAAUCAACAUCAAAAGGUUAUGGAUAUAGUUCGUCUCAGAAUCUAGAUAACGGGUACCCCAGUCUUCUCAUGAAUGCAAUGUAUCAACAACAAAUGAAUGGGAGUCCAUCACAAGCUCCGUUAUCUCCACAAGCUUCGAAUUCUUCAAAGUCAACAAAUAGUUCAACAUCUUCGACAGGCAGUAGUGUAUCAAAUAAACAAAAGACUGGAGCAACUGGUCCGAGAACGAAGAAACAAUUUAUUUGCAAAUUUUGUAACCGACAAUUCACAAAGUCAUAUAAUUUACUUAUCCAUGAAAGGACACACACAGACGAGCGACCAUACUCCUGUGACAUUUGCGGGAAAGCUUUCCGACGGCAAGAUCACCUGAGAGAUCACAGGUACAUACAUUCGAAGGAGAAACCGUUCAAAUGUUUGGAAUGCGGCAAGGGUUUCUGUCAGUCCAGAACGCUAGCUGUCCACAAAAUUCUACACAUGGAAGAAUCUCCCCAUAAGUGUCCAGUUUGCAGUCGAAGUUUCAACCAAAGGUCGAAUCUAAAGACCCAUUUGUUGACACACACAGACAUAAAACCAUACAACUGUUCCUCAUGUGGAAAGGUUUUUAGAAGAAACUGUGACUUGCGACGCCAUAGUUUGACACAUAAUCUCGUUGGAAUAUCAUCAGUGAAUACUUCUCCGAGUGGCAGUAAUGGAAAGAGUCCAUUACUGAAUCCGAACUUCCCAAUCGACAGCUUAGAUACAGAAGAUGAGAAUUAGUAUUUAUGUGUAUUAGUGGCAAAUACAAAAGACUGAUUUUUUACUCCUAAAAUGGUGCCUUUUAGUAUUAAGUUAUCCAAGGCAUUAACUCAUGCCAUCAGCGUCAAGAUAUUUGAACGAAAAACAUGUUCAUAAGAGUAGAUAUUGCGUUUAGUGUAAAAACUGAAUUUUAUUUAUAUUCUAAAUUCCCUGUUUAAUAUGUUUGUUUAAAAUAUGAUUUCUUUAGAUGAUUUUUCAG